UCUUGUGAGAAGAAAAAUGCAUCCGCAAAUAUUUGUCAGUCCGUCAGAAAGAGAGACCCAAAGCGAUGUGCGUGCGCCAUCUCCUCGCGCCGCCAGGACGCGCGUCUCGACACGCUCGUGCUAGCCGUUCUGUCACCCUCCUCCCUCCUCGCUCGCGCGCGCGUGUCCUGUUUUCACGAGCUCUGCCUCGCAGUGUCGCCCUCGCGCUUGCGCGCGCCCGUGUCGAGAGCGAGAGAAGAAGGGGUGGAUUCGUAAUGCUUCCUUCUGUCUGACGACAGCGCCAAGGGACGGUUAAAAAAUACCAGAAACGGGCAAAGUUUUUACAAUAGCUUGGUUUUCGGCUGCCGUUAAAUGUUGAAGGUAGAGUAGUCGACCGAGGCGCGCGCUGGAAAGCGCAGAACGAUGUUCUUCACGAGGGGACCUCGCGCCAGAGCCAUGCAGUAGAAUCCGCUGUGCAGUGUGGGAAGAACCUUGUGCCAUCUAAUUUGUAGGAGCGGAAAGAUUUUUCUUUUUUUUUUUCUUUUUUUUUUUUUUUUUUUUACUUUGCUGGAAACAGAAGACAUUAUAGCACAUAAGCUAGCCGAAGAUGAAGAGGAAGGGGUCGGCGGCGAGCCCGCGCGGCUGCCUGUCCGCCUUCGUGCUGCUGGCGCUCGUGUUGCCCUGCUUCUUUCUGUCGGCGCGAGCCGACAAAGGCAUGUCGAGCAAGGACGACUAUUUCAGCGCCACGGUGAACGCCACGGCGCUAGACUCCAAGGGCAACGUUCGGCACGUGCUGUCCAAAGACGACGGCAGGUACGGACAGGACUCGCCACGAGCCGACGCAAGAGGAGUCGUGAUCGCACCUGCGCCCAUCCACGGCGUGGUCGACCGACAGGGCUGUGACCCUCACACCCGCUUCAUUGUACCACCGAAGACCAUCCAUUGGGUAGCGCUGCUUCAGAGGGGCAAUUGCACCUUCAAGGAGAAGAUUCUUAAAGCUGCAGCCUUCAAUGCUUCUGCCGUAAUCAUCUACAACAAUUCUUCAAAGGAGGACACAGUUACCAUGGCUCACGAAGGCACAGGCGACACUGUGGCAGUCAUGAUCGCUGAGUCAUAUGGAAAGGAGAUCCUCAGUCUACUGGAGAAGAACCUGACUGUGCUGGUGACCAUUGUGGUGGGGGCACGUGGCCCACCCAAAAGUAUCACUCGUGGUUCUCUGGUUUUUGUCUCCAUCUCCUUCAUUGUCCUCAUGAUCAUCUCGUCUGCCUGGCUGAUCUUCUACUUCAUCCAGAAGAUUCGCUACACCAAUGCCCGAGAUCGCAGCCAGCGUCGACUAGGGGAUGCAGCCAAGAAAGCCAUCGGCAAGCUGACCACAAGAACAGUGAAGAAAGGAGACAAGGAAACAGACCCUGAUUUCAACCACUGUGCUGUCUGUAUUGAGGGAUACCAACUGAACGACGUGGUGCGCAUACUUCCCUGCAAGCAUGUCUUCCACAAAAUCUGCGUGGACCCGUGGUUGAACGAGCACUGCACCUGCCCCAUGUGCAAACUCAACAUCCUCAAGGCCCUGGGGAUCAUGCCCAACUUGCCAUGUGUGGACAAUGUAGCCUUUGACAUGGACAGGAUGGGCCGGAGUCAGACAGCCAGCCAGAGGUCUGCACUGGCUGACCUGUCCACUGAGAACUCAAUCAGCCUGGAGCCCCUCAGACAUUCAGGGACAUCCCAGAUCCCCUCAGAUGGAGAACUGACCCCACGCACUGGAGAAAUAAACAUUGCCGUCACCAGUGGCAAUUUCUUUGGUCGGAAUUCCCUUUCCCCUCGCAAUGUGGUGUGUGAAAUGGAGCUGCCUGACCUCCAGGCUUCGCUGGACCUGUAUGAUGAAAACAAGUCUUGAGGAUCCCCCUGGCCCUGCACCUGGCUUGUAUGGGCCAGGUCCUCGCUCCUCUGAGCCUGAAGGCUACCCCAACAGCUACACUAACUCCACCGACGACAAAAAAAACGACUGUGGCAGAAUGUCCUGUGACCUUUGACCCUGUUGCUGAAGCAGGAAGGAAGCAACUCAGAACUUCGUUCCACCUUCAUCUCGAACCUCACUCCUGCCCAGGACACCAUUACCGGGGGUCAUUUCUCUUUGUCUGAGAACUUUUAAGGCUUUUACAUCAUUUUCACAAAGGGAUUGUGAAAGUAACUUUUUUCCUUCCUACUUUUUUAUUCCAAGAAGCAUCAGCCAUCUCGCCUGGAAUUGUAAGACAAAAUUACCUAACAAAUAACCAUGUCGAGUGUAUUUAAAAACUUUUGCAUCUGUGAAUAUUGUCUGCUAACAGUUCCUUUUGUUUUGUUCUUGGCUUUCUUAAAAAUCCAGUUUCGGUCUACAGCAGCAUUGAUACUGAGCAGAAUAAUGCUGCUCUGACUGACUUUCUGACAGCGUAUAUUUAUGCUGUCUAUCCUAGGACACAGAUGCAAAGCAAGCGCAAGACUUUUGUGAAGGGGAAGUAACCCUCUCCCUCCGCCUGGCCUAGUUUUCGGAGACAAAGGCACUUGAACUUAUGACCACGAGAACUGGCCUGGUUCAGAGAGACCAGCAGUGCGAUUCUGGUCGAGAACUUCAAUGUGGCACUAGACAGGGAAUAUCCCUGAUGUGCUGCAUUACUCUCCUGUAGCCAAUCAGUGUUUCUGUGUAUUAAACAUUUAACGUGUACUCAACGUCUACCACUUAUCCGCUGUGUGUACCAUUCCAUCCCAGAGAGGUGAUCUCCUUUAGGAAGAUAUAAGUGCAUACAUGUGUAUGUUUACUUCGUUGUUCCCUUAAACACUGCUUGUUAGUUUAUUUCGCACUACUGUAUGCAGGACAUGAGAGCUAGGAAUUGUGACCUGUCAGUCUUUUUCUUUUAUCUUUAAAUGUUUGUUCAUGGUUCUGAGCAUCAGCACGAAUACUAGACUCCAUCUUCUGUAAUGAUAAGAGGCUAUGUGGCGCUACCUAGUGGUUUGUGAUUUGCUGAUACCCCUUGACUAGGGUCCACAUCACCCUUCCAGCAGUGGAGAUCUGGUCAGAGAUAUAAGCACAAAGUCUCACUUUUGCAGAGAGCAUCACCUACCAGUCCCAGUUUUUGAAAUAUCAAUUUUUGUCUGUGUUUGACAGGCAAGCGUGGAGAAAAUACGUGUCUCCUACCAUUCUCACUUUUGCAGGGAACAGCCUUAGCAAAGACUAUCAUAGAUUUUCUGUUUUGAAGAGCACACAUUUACGUUUCCUGAUUUUCUCAGUGGCUAAGUAUGCUGAUCUAGACCAGAUCGCCAGCAGUACCAAUGAAAUGUUACAAAUGUGGUGGAUUUGGAGCUAAGUGAGAGGAGGGCUUAUAUGCACGAGUGGUUGGCUGUUCUCCCUGUUGGUCUUCCUGAGGUGGAUGUAAAGUCCGUGGAAUUAUAUGUAAACCAAGCAGGAAUUGCUGUUCUUCCUUCCUGUUUGCAACACAACAUAUUCCCAAACUCUGCUGUGAAAAAAUGCAGUACAUCUAAAAACUGCUGAAACUUGUUGAAGAGCAAGAAUGACUGGCACAACCUAACUACACAGGUAUGAAAUUUAAUUUCGAGUGGUUGUGGGCUUUUUUUAUAAGAGGGAGCAGUUGGUGGUUUCUGUUGCUGGAGCAACUUGUUAUUGUGAAGCAAACGGGAGUCGAAUGCAUUAUUAACAAUGAGUUCAUUAUUCAUGUGAGCAAUCUGCCAGAGCUGUGGUGGAGAAGGCCUUUCCAAAUCUGCCACGGUGUGAAACUGGAGCAGGCUGUUGUUCAGAGUGAGGCUGCUUUCAUUUACUGCAUCAGCUGCGUUUCUCCAAAGUUCUCCAUCGACAUCACAGCCUUUUCAGAAAGACUAGACAGAAAAGGCAACAUUUUCUUCUCCAGAACUAACAUACUUUUCAAGAGGACAAACAACAAGUGUUAUAUCAUUUUAUAAAGUGUUGCGACUAAGAACUAAGACACUUGAGCCCCAUGGUGCUCCCUAGCUACAGCGUGGGCAAAGAGGCCCUGGACGUGUGGGGAGUUCUGCAAAAAGGCAGUGAGCAGUAAAGAGUGCUUGUACAAAGGGACUGAAUUGGAACAAGAAAACCGGGGCAAACUGGGGUCCGGUGUGCUCUCCCUCACGUACUUGUCGCCUUGAUGGCUUCACAUCCUGGAAUGUGGUCUACCGGGAAGCCCAGCCUCCUUAGCCAAAGGACACGUGUAAGGGGCCAGGACACCCACCCAGCAGGAAGUCUGCUAGGUAGUGUUCUACAGGCAACAUGUAGAAAAGCUGACUGAGGACUGAUACCAGAGUACCAACCCCUCCUCAUCAUGCAGGACGUGUCACGUUGUUGCUGGACAGUCUGCGUUUUACUGUUGAAGAAAUUAAUGUGUAGCCCAACUCCCCAUGAAAUCCAAAUGCAUUCAUAUACUGCUGAGUGAAGAAAUACACAACACCUUUUUCACCAGUCCCAGUCUGUGUUUACUGUGUUAACUUGCCAGAUGUCUAUGAGUUUUGCAGGCUGAGUCAGUUUCUCCAACAAAUAUAUUCAGCUGUAUUUACCAGGUGUACUUUGGAUUUUCUUUCCACCUUCUUAAAAGCUUGUGUCGUGUAGUUGUAGGUACUUGGCAGCAUGACGCUCAGACAUGUUCCAGAGGAGAAGUUCAUUCAUACCAUGAGUGGAUGCUUUUCACUCAUUCCCGCUGACUACAGUUUUCAGCAGCUAUGUUCAUCUGUGUGAUAGUUUGCAGAGGUGUCAUUGUUCCACACUGUGUGAAAUUGCACAUUUCAGGAGUUACAGUGUCAUCUUACUUGUGUCGCGUGCAGGCUUGUCAUAUUCUCAUUGUACUUUAUGCAUACAGUCAUCACUUGAUGAUUCGUGUGUAGCCUCCCCAAUGCAUGUUAAAGAUGAGCAUACAGCACCCGACAUGCAGUGUCCCAUAUAAAUCACAGACAAUUGACUGCGUGUGUAUAAGUGCCUGUGUGUUUGAGACUCGUAUGGUAACUGGGCGCUGUAUGAGAAAAAUGUCAGUUCUAUGUAACCAUAAGGGCUAAUAGAAAGUUCAGUAAAUAUUGCUCUGGUUUGUGAAGAGAAUUGCUAGAGUCAGUUAGGUACAAGUUAGUGAGCUUCUAGGGCAUACCUCCUGAAAAGGAAAAAUUCAGAAGUGGGAACAUUUUUAUUCCUUUUUAUAAUUUGUUUCACCAAAGCAUUUGUGUAAAUGGAGAGUUUAACUGCAAGAAAGAUUCAGUAUUAUGUGUUGUGGGACCAAAAACUGUAGCAUUCUGGUUGAAAACGUGACUGUGUUCCUAUGUACUAUAGGUUGAGUUACUAACCCCAUGGCAAACCUGCACUGCUGUCCACAGCUACUGCGCACUGUUGUAGCAACAGGAUUUAAACACUGCAAACAACGGGAGUCAAUAUUAACGGUCAUUCUGGACCAAAGGUUUCCUUCUCUGUUGUUUCACUACAAACCUUCUAAAACUGGACUGAGGCCAAGGCGUUUACUCUGCUGUAUAGUGUUUAAAGGCAUCGGUGCACUCUAAAGAGCAGUUAAGAUUCCUCGUCUGCAGUGUUUAUUGGCUCACGCUAUGUAUAAUUUUCUGAAUUUUUCGAAUUAUCUUGCCUCAAGGGACUUCAAUUCAUAAAGAACGGGCCUGCAAAAUGAUAAGCAAGAGAGUGUUAUUACUGCUGAAAUGAGGCCUUAUUUUUAAGUGCUUAAGAGGGGCAUAUUAUAAUUGCAUUCAGAUAGAAAGGUAAGCUUUCUCAUUGCUUUGUCACAAAUUUCCUUGGACCCUAAAGGAAUUCCUUGGCAUGUUUAUAUGUCAAUUAAUAUUGGUGAAAAUCAUCUCUCUUUAUUUUUUGACAAUUUAUUGUUGAAUUCAGUGUAGAAAUCACAAAUAUCUCCAAAUGUGGGUUCUUGCACUGAAUGUUUGUGGACAUGUAUGUAACUAACACAUACAGAGUCGCAGGUACAGUGUUUAAAUAAGUGCCGUCUGUGAGCAUCAUGUUAUCAUUGUUGUACUCAUAAGGAAUACCGAGUUUAAUGUGGCUGAAAUAAAGGGUAUUUGAAAUGGAA